AUUUCCUCAUUUUCAAGUCUUGCUCCUCGUGGGGGCCAGAAAUCUCUUUCAAGCUCCAGACUGUAAAGGGUUCCUGGGUGAGCAGUGGGUCCCUGUCCCCAUCUCCAGGGGCUUUUGGAUGGGACGUUGCUCUGGAAGGAGCCAUGGACCUCUGGCUUUGGUCACUUUGCUUCCUGCCAGUGGCUGGGGCUCUGAGGAACCUCCCAGAAGUAAAGCUGGAGGGAAUUCUGGGUAGCUCCAUUACCAUUGAGUGCCCGCUUCCUCAAAAGCAUGUGAGGUUGUAUCUGUGCCGGGAAGUGGCUGAAUCUGGAGUAUGUUCCACCGUCGUGUCCAGCAAGAAUUUCGUCAAGGAAGAAUACAAGCACCGAGUCACCCUGAAGCCAUAUCCAGAUCAGAAUGUGUUCCUAGUGGAGGUGACAGAGCUGACCAAGAGUGACAGCGGAGUCUAUGCCUGUGGGACAGGCAUGAACACGGACCGGGGCAAGACCCAGCAGGUCACCCUGAGUGUCCACAGUGAGUAUGACCCAUUCUGGGAAGACGAGCUGAUGCCUGAGCCUCCAAGAUGGUUUCAUAAAUUUUUACAUAGACCGAUGCCCCCUUGGUUCCAGAUGCCUGCACAUGCCGAUUCUCUUGAAUUCAUACCUAAAGCUACCCCACCAGCUCAAAGGACUGAGGCUCCUCCAGCAACCCACCCCUCCCCCACCACCCAAAUCUCUCACCACCUUCAAGUUUCCAGAGCAUCUUCAGUAGCAGUUACCAAGCCCCCAACCUUCCUGCCAUCUACCACCACAACCUCAAAGACCUCAACUCCGGGGGUGCUUCGUAGGCUCCAGACGGCCAGCUACAACUACCACAGCAGGCUUCACAGGCAGAGAGCCUUCCACCAAGGCCCGGUGUCUGGGAUGGAAGACCAAGGAUUCCACAUCCUGGUGCCCACCGCCCUGAGCCUCAUCCUGCUGGCGCUUGUUGGACUGUUGGUGAAAAGGGCCAUUCAAAGGAGGAAAGCCCUCUCCAGGCGGGUCCGCCGAGUGGCGGUGAGGAUGCGCGCCCUGGAGGCGUCCCAGCGGCCCCCGCAGCAGCGGCGCCGCGCGUCGCAGCCGCCACGCUCCCAGAACAUCUACAGCGCCUGCCCGCGGCGUGCUCGGGCGGCGGACGCUGCAGGUGAGCGGGAGGCUCCUCUCGCAGGCCCUGGAGCGUCAGCACCCCCGGCCGCGCCGCAGGUAAUGGAAACUCUCUGGCUCCAUGCCCCAUCUCUGAAGACCAGCUGUGAAUAUGUGAGCCUCUACUACAAGCCUGUUGCCAAAGCAGAGGACACUGAUUCAGAUGACUAUGUCAAUAUUCCCUGCCUGACUCACCUGUCCCACUGUCCCCCUGGGCCCAGACCUUGGUGCCAAUGAGUCUUGUCUAUCUGCUGGUUUCCAAUACCUCCUCUGUUUUUGGAGCCCUUAUUACCUCCCACACUAACCUUAAGUCUUGUUCCUGUCUCUCCUGAACAUAGCUCUGUACCUCCUCCUGUUUCUUCUUGCACACCUCUACAGCCCUCUGUGGUUUUCAGGUGGGCUCUGGGCAGGCAGAGUAUUUGUCCCCGUGCUACCUGCUUCCCUUCCAAGCCAAUGGGAUUUGCAGAGUGUCUUUGAUCACAGGGUCUUUGCUGCCCUGGGUCUAGACACAUGGCAUCAGACUGGAGGAUAGACAUAAGUGUUGCUUCGGGGGACUUUCUCAGUCUUGGGCCUCAUACCAGUCAAAGGCCCCCAGACCGCCUCAUGAGGGCAUGCCUCAGGCCUGUGAGCUAGGAAGGGGCCUGGUAUGAAAUGCCCCUGGCAACAUCUUUGCCCUGAUCGUAGGGCUGGCUCUUACUAGUGAGCUUCUAUUCAUCUUGAGUCCUAUGAUAAGGACAUUUCAUUUUGAGAUGACAAUAAAGGGUUAUAAAUUUUCAGAACCAUGCUUGUUAGUGUUAGUGACCAUCCAUCUAUCUAUCCAUCUAUCUAUCCAUCCAUCCAUCCACCCACCCAUCCAUCCAUCCAUCUACCUACCUACCUACCUACCUACCUACCUACCUAUCUAUCCUCUUUACUGUCUCCCUCCUUUGAUGCCCAUAAGUACCCUGAUCAGUGUCUUUCCUCUUUUGAAAAUAGGAUAGUUUGUGUCAUCAUCUCCUUAUCUUUCUUCCAUGGCCUAGCACUGAUAUUUGUGCACUUUCUUUAGUGCCGGGCUAGUUUGGCCAUCCCAAACCAUUACAUCUCUCUGCUUUCAGAAACUCACCUCAUUUCUUUGCCAGGUAGCUUAUAGCAAGGUGGGUCAGGAGAGUGGAUUCUUAAGGGGCCAGGCGCUGUGUAAUAGCACUUAAUGUCGUGAAAGAAGACAUAUCUCCCCUCCUAUAUAUACUUUCUCCUAAGUUUUUCUGGCAAGGGCGUAGGCAGACAUUGUAUCUUUGGAUUAAAGUCCACUACAAAGUUCAGCUAGAGUUUGAGGCUAGAGAACACACAGUCUUGCUAUUAAGAAGAGCUUUCCUGGAUGCAUAACACAGCCUCACUGGGCACUUGCCCACAGUUAGAAAGAAAAGGCUGCUAGAAUUGAGUUCCCUGCUUUUUAACCAACAGGGAGUGUCAUCAAAGAUUGGGCAGUAUAUUCAGGUGUGAUGACGCCAUCAGCAUCUAAGCAAGGUCAGCUUGAUAAUGGCACCCUCUCAAGCGGUGGAUAAGAAUGAGUAGGAUAUGGAAGGAGGGUCCCCAAAGAGAAGGGAUGGGUGGGGGUGAAAUUGGGAGAACUGAAAUGUUUAGGGAGAGCCUACUUUGUGCCGGGCACUUAGCCUGCCUUAUAUCUUUCAUCAUUGACAUUUCAAACUGGUGCUCCUCACCACUCCCCAGUGCUGUGUUCCUGCACAUUUCAUGACAAUAUGAUUUCCAGGGUGUCUGGGUGGCUCAGCGGUUAAACCUGCAAUUUCAGCUCAGGUCAUGAUCUCAAAGUUUGUGUGAUUGAACCCUGCUGUAUCAGCACAGAGCCCCUGCGAAUCCUCUGUCUCCCUCUCUGCCCCUCUCUCUCCCCCAUGUGCGCGCGCGCGCGCACACACACACACACACACACACACACACACACACACACUCUCUGUCUCUCUGUCUCUCUUUCUCAAAAAUAAAGAAACAUUUAAAAAAAUA